AUGUCCGAGGCUAACCUUAGCCCCCUCGUGGAGCUGAUUGGGCAUGCGUUCUAUUACUUCGGCAUAUUGAAACCGUAUCUCUCUCUUUACGGACAUUUACUACUUUCUGCUAUAUUUCCGCUUUGGAUUGGCGCGCAUGCUUCUCUGUCAAGGCCGUCCUCUGCUGCCAAGCCUCCCAAGAAGUCCGACAAAAACAUCGAUGAUGAUGACGAGGAGGAUGAGGAUGACCAAGGACCCAUAGAAAAAAUUGAGGGCUUGCAGCCGUCAGACGCUUUGAUGUUCCCUUUGACUGCAGGGCUUGUGCUGUGUUCCUUAUAUGUGGUGAUCGAAUGGCUCAAGAACCCGGCUAUUCUCAACAAAGUUCUCGGCUUCUACUUUUCUCAAGUUGGCAUUUUCUUCGCUGUGUCCUUCGUUAAGGAUAUUCUUUCGGUCAUCAGAUCCUUCAUUUUCCCCAAGUAUUACCGUCAUGAGGGGAGAACCUUCCACGUGAAACAGUCCGAUCGUGUAUUCAGAGCCGAAAUGGCAGACGAAGCGACCGGGCCUCAACACGUACGAUACUCACCUCUUCCUGGGGUCUUCAGCACAUUCCCACUACCAGAAUUUGUUCGAAUUCGAUUAUGGGCCUGCCGCAGUGCCUCCUACCAGCGUCUCAAACUUCGAUUUCACAUUCGAGGCCUGUUCGACAUCAAAACUCUUGUUGGCCUUGUUGACCUUCUCAGCGGAAUUGUUGCUCUUGUUGCCGUGGGUUACUUCCAGUUUGUAGCGAAGCCAUGGUGGCUGACCAACUUCUUUGGGUUCGGCUACUCCUACGGUGCCCUGCAAAUCAUGUCCCCAACGACCUUUGGCACUGGAUCACUGAUCUUGAUAUCAUUGUUCUUUUAUGACAUCUACUUCGUCUUUUUCACACCCGUGAUGGUUACCGUUGCCAAGAGUUUGGAUAUCCCCAUCAAGCUUGUAUUUCCUCGAAGCGACGAAGCUGGUGUUCAAUCGCUCGCUAUGCUAGGCUUGGGAGAUGUUGUGGUUCCGGGGAUGCUGAUCUGUCUGGCGUUGCGGUUUGAUCUCUUCCUUUACUAUAAACGUAAAGGGGCUCUGAAAGGACAGGCCGAAGGCUUGGAUGGUGAAACAAAACCUGAGUACCAAAAAGCAACCGGUUUGUGGGGUGAGCGAUUCUGGGCACCGGUAAUCACGAGGAAGGAGCCAGAAGUCCAGCCGCCAUACCACGAUGCGAGAGCCUUUCCGAAAGUUUACUUCAAAGCGAGCAUUAUCGGUUACCUCUUUGGCAUGGUUGUCACCCUUCUAAUUAUGCAGUACUCGAAUCACGCUCAGCCUGCUCUUCUGUAUUUGGUUCCUGGUGUUCUGCUUUCACUAUGGGGCACGGCGUUGUACCGUGGGGAACUUCGUUUGAUGUCGGACUUCAGCGAUGAAGAGGAUGAUGAAGAAGAAGACAAGGAAGACAAAGAGACAGGCGAUAAACUUGCCGAUGACAAACAAGACCCCGCCCAUGAUGGAAUGAAGGGCCUGUUCAUGCGCGUUUUGUCUGGCGAUAUGAGCGUCUUUGGCUCAAAACCUGAGGAUAAAAAGAAGGAAAAGAAGGAAAAGAAGGAAAUCGUGGCGAAGAACGCCGAGGACGAUUUGGAUUUGAUUGCCUUCUCCAUAUCCUUCCCCCGCAAAAAGCACGCCAUGCCCGGCUUGGCUUGUGCAGAGGAAUCUACCAGCAAUUUUGUGCCAGCGAUGAUUCCUGGCUCCAUUGAUGACGGCGAUGAGCGCCCGUUGAAGAAGCGCCGCGGAACUCCCAGAAAGCCGACUCUGAAUUAA